GAACCAUUGUAGCUACGGCGCUGACUAGAAUAAUAUUUAUACAAUUUUUAUUAAAUAACACCACGUUCAGAGUGGUACUUAUAAGUACCGUUGGGAUAAAUAACGUUGCACAAGACAGUAUACAAAAAUGGCAAAGAAAAACUUUUAUACAAAAAAGUUGUCUGACUCAGAAUUGCUGGAGAUUAUAGAGGAUGAAGAUUUUUAUUUAGAUGAAUAUUUUCCAUCUUUUAAUGAUCCUGACACUAAUAUGGAGGAUUUUGAUGCGGUUGAAGAAGGUCCAUUAGCAGAUGUAUUUUCCAGUGACAAUUCUGAUAAUCAAGCCGAAGAAAUUUUAGAAGAUACAAAUAAGGUGAUGAAUAGUGAACAAAAAGAAGUUACAGAACAGAUAGAGAGUGAAAUCAAUCUAGAAAAUAUAAAUGACAAUGAAACUGAAGGUGAUCAAGAGGAAAACGACAAAAAUGUCGAAUCAACAAUACAAAGAAAAUGGGAAAGAAGAUUAGCAACAGCCCCUGAUUUGUCAGAAUAUAAUCAAUCAGCAUGA